CUUAUUUUAUUUGCACUAUACCCACAAAGGUUAAACUGCUAACAAUAUCUUGUUAGAGAAGGCGUUUUUUUGUGUACUUUCCGUGUGUAUUUAAACUUGUGGGGAUGGUACUUGCAUGAUCAGGCGUUCAGGAUCUCAAGUGUCUUUCUGAGAGGUUUACCAUACACGAAAGCCAGCGGACAACACGGUCAAAGUGGGCAAACAGCGAGCGACCCACAUUACCAGCGCAUUCACACGGGGGAUAGAGCGGGACAACAGCAAACUGAGGAGAACAGAAAAAACAUGGAGCGGAUCACAGACCAUCUCGUCAGGUAUAAAAACUACAACUUUCCAGUCAAUCUCACAACUGCAGAGCACAUGGAUUCACUCCAGAGCUUUGUAAUUCAAGAUAGUGACGUACUCCUCGUCACUUAUCCAAAGUCUGGUACUAUAUGGACUCAACAGAUCAUCAUCUCCAUCUGUGAGUUAGAGGGGGGUCUGCCUGAAUAUUCAAAGAACUCUAAGCAUAUGCCGUGGCUGGAGUACAGGAAUGUUACACAAGAUUACGCUGUUCGACCCUCUCCGCGGCUCUUCACCUCUCACCUCACCCCGGCUCUCUUGCCUCCAGGACUAAAGGACAAAAAAGCAAAGAUUAUCUAUGUGAUGCGUAAUCCGAAGGACAACAUUGUCUCCUAUUACCACUAUAGUAAUGCCUGCGAGGACCUGGAGACGCACAAGAGCUUCCAGGACUUCCUUGAGAAGUAUUUGACAGGCAACGUUGGAGCAUCAUCCUGGUUUGACCACAUCAGGGAGUGGCAUUCUAAGAGAGACCAGUACAAUAUCCUCUUCCUUACCUAUGAGGAUAUGAUUUUAGACCUGAAGGCGGCAGUAACUAAGAUCUGCACUUUCUUGGAGAAAAACCUGAGUGAAGCAGCCAUUGAACAAGUUGUGGAAAAAGCUACAUUCAAGAACAUGAAGAAAGACUCCAAAGCCAACUACAAGUCUCUGCCAAUAUAUAACGUGCAGGGAGAUUUCAUGCGCAAAGGUAAGAUCGGUGACUGGAAGAACACCUUUACAGUCGCUCAGAGUCAAAGAGUGGAUCAACUCCUGCAGGAAAGACUCGGUGAUAUGUCUCUGAAGUUCAUCUGGGAGUAAGCAGAGUUUCCAAACCAACCUUAAAGGUCCCAUGGCAUGAAAAUUUGACUUUAUGAGUUUUAUUAACAUUAAUAUGAGUACCCCUGCGUGCCUGUGGCCCCCCAGUAGCU